AUGUUCGGGAGGAGAAGCAAGCCUACGGCUGCGGUGACCGGCGAGUCCGUCGGCGCCGCGGAUUCGAAGACAACAACUCCUCCCGCAUAUGAUUCUGCAGCCAACUCUUCCGACACUCCGCGCAAUCUCAGUGUCGCGCCUGAAGAAUUGACCGGCCUGUCCCUAUACGAGAAGAAGUGCGUCUUGAUCAAUCAUGAGAUGGACAGGAAUGGCAUGGGCCGCUAUCAGUGGUACAUCUGGUUUCUCUGUGGAUUCGGAUACUUGCUCGAUCUGCUGUGGGCACAGGCCUUUGGUCUGGUUCUGAGCCCUUUGCAACAGGAGCUCGGAUUCGGCAAUGACCAGAGUGGUAACAUUUCUAUUGCCUUCUCUGCUGGACUGACCGCGGGCGCCGCGUUCUGGGGAAUUCUUGUCGACAUCAUCGGCCGGAAGUGGGCAUUCAAUUUGACCUGCUUGAUCAGUGCAGCGUUCGGACUCGGCCUAGGCGGAUGCAAUACCUAUACGUCGUUUCUCGUCAUCACCGCCUUCGUAGGCUUCGGUAUUGGUGGCAACAUCCCAAUCGAUACCACCAUCUGCCUUGAGUUCCUCCCUCAGAAUCGACGCUUCCUCCUCGCGCUACUUUCCAUCUUCCAGCCGAUCGGCGUGGUCAUCACUUCCGCGAUUGCCUACGGGUUUAUUCCCAACUAUUCGUGCACACCCAACUUCAGCCAGAAGAACGCGCUCGAGUCCUGCAAUACGGCUCCGGCGGGCGCGCCCUGCUGCUCCCGCGCAGACAACAUGGGUUGGAGGUAUCUCAUGUUCACCAUCGGCGCGCUCACUCUGGGCGUCUUUCUCGUCCGAUUCGUCGUCUUCAACUUUAAGGAAUCCCCCAAAUUCCUCGUGUUCCGCAACCGCGAUGCCGAGGCCGUUCAGGUUCUCGAACACAUCGCCCACGUCAACAAAAGGAAGUGCGAGUUGCGAAAGGAGGAUCUCGAAGCGCUGGACCGGGACGAGAAGGUUCUGGGCACGGCCAUCAUCAUUGCCGGCAGCGGAGCCGCGCAGCCAUCGACCUGGGCCAGCGUAAAGAAGGAACUCAUACGAUACAGGCUGCUCUUUGACGGCUGGCAGAUGACUCGUCUGACCCUUCUCAUCUGGCUGACGUAUAUCUGCGAUUUCUGGGGCUUCACACUUGCCGGCACCUACCUCCCGACCAUCAUCGCGUACAAGAACGGCGCGUUGGAGCUCUCCCUGGAAUUCACCUACCGCAGCUACAUGGCGAUUUACACCCCGGGCAUCGUCGGCGUGGUGAUCGGCACGAUGAUGUACCGCGUGCCGACCGUCGGCCGCAAGUGGACCAUGGUCAUCUCCUCGGGUCUCAUGGGCGCCUCGAUCUUCAUCUUCAGCGCGGCCAACAGCGAAGCCUCCAACAUCGGCCUGAACGCCAUGGAAUACUUCUUCCAGAGCAUGUUCAACUCCGUCCUCUACGGCUGGACCCCCGAGGUUUUCCCCGGACCUAUCCGUGGCACCGCCUGUGGCGUGGCGAGUUUCUGGGGCCGGUUGUUUGGGAUCAUCGCGCCGAUUGUCGGACAGUCGCUUGUCCCUAAGAAGGGCCAGUUUGGCGAUGCUAACCGCGUCUUAUACCUGGCAGGAGGCGUCACGUUGGGCUGUGUGCUAUUUACUGCGCUGUUGCCGUCUAAUAGGGUAUUGGGCAAACAGAGUUAUUAG